AUGAGUGGUGGUGACAGAUAUAGAAGUAGAAGCAGUAGUAGUAUUGACAGUAGUAGCUGUAGCGGUAGAGUUGGUGUUGGUAGAAGUAAUAUAAGUAAAAGUAUUAGAAUAAAUAAUAGUAGUAGUAGUAUUGGUAGUAGUAGUUAUAUUAGGAGAAACAGUAGACAUACAAGUACAGAUAGCAGUGGUAAAAGAAGUAGUUGUAGUAAUAGUAGUAGCGGCAAGAGAAACAGUAGUAGUAACAGUAGUAGUAUAGAAGCAGGAUUAGAAGUUGCUGUUGCAGUAGUUGUUGUAGAAGUAUAUGCUGGAAUAGUGGUAGUAGAAAAAGAUGUAGAACAUGACGUAGUAGUAGUGGUGGAGAUUUUCAGUAUUUCUGCUGUUGUGUUCUUCCACUGCGAAGCCUUCAUGCUUGGUACUAGAUGCCAAGCACCGUGCACAUGUUCAACGGAUGGAUAUACAAUGUACAUAUAUUGCAACGCUGAAGGUCUUAAUACAACACCACACUUUUUGAAGGAAAACAAUCACUUUUUACAAUUAUCUGUCCAGUUGUAUUGGAACCAUUUGACAACGAUUCCAAAUUAUGCUUUCAAGAACCUUAGUGCCCUUAACGCUACAUCUGUGGAAAUAGCAGUCGGUUACAACAAGAUAUCAACCAUCGAUAAAUAUGCUUUUUAUGGCAUUGAAAAUGUUACCACAAAACUCGAGCUACAAAAUAACAGUUUAACUAGAAUACCGAUGGCCGUAUAUAACCUUUCUGCUCUCAAAACCUUGUACAUACAGGGAAAUCCUCUAAAUUCCCUUGGUGCACUAAGUCAAUCAGAAAUCAGUAACACCCUUCAGACAUUGAAGAUUGAUUUAAAAGAAUUUACAUCUUGGCCAAAUGAGCUAGGAUCAUUACAUACCUUGAAGUCCUUUACUGUUUCCAAUUUACACUUUACACAUCUUGAUUCCGAUGCAUUUCGAGGCUUUGAACAUUCACUCACAACCCUUGACAUGCAGUAUGCGGCUAAGUUUGAAAAGAUUCCAACCGCUGUAUGUCAAUUGUCAAAUUUACAAAGACUGUUUUUACGAUAUUUCACUAAACUAAACGAAAACAGCACUUCAAUUUUCGACCACUGUACAAAGAAAUUAAACAAAGUCAAAGUUUUAUUUAUGCGGGACAGUAAACUCACAACAUUUCCUGAUGUAUUUCAUAUUUUCCCUUCCUUAAAUAUCAUAAACCUUGGUGGAAAUUCUCUUAGAAUUAUUGAAUCGGCAAUAAUUCCGACAAAUAACUUCUCAUCGUAUAUAAAUAUAUAUCUUCAAAGCAAUAAAUUCACAAGCAUCCCUAAUGCAUUAAACAAGUUGAAAGGUCUUACAGCUCUUGACUUGUCAUACAAUGAUAUUUCUUCUGUUGAAGAUCAUGAUCUAAACGGGUUGGUCCAUCUUGAAAGACUUAUUCUAAGUAACAAUCCUAUCAAAUACAUCUCGACUCAUGCCUUUCGAAAUAACAAUGCACUCACAACAUUAGAUCUGCGUAGAACAAGCCUUAAAAGCGUCCCUGCAGCAGUAGUGUUUUUGCCAAAUUUGUCUUCUCUUGAUUUAAGGACAACAGAUCCUAUUCCAUGCACAUGUGAAAUGUCAUAUCUAAAAGGUUGGAAUGCAACAGCUGUUCGGACAUUUUAUGGACAAUGUGCUUACCCUGGGGUUAAAAUUCAGAGUUUCGUUAUGUCCUCCUUACAACAAUGUCCUUAAGGCAGAAUGAAUAGAAAAAAAUGCUUUUCAAGUUCAAUGUUUUAUGCAAGAAAAAAAAUCGCAAUAACUGCUGUGAAUGAAAUCAGUUGUAUUUUUCAAAGGA